AUGGCGGACACUUACGAUCCACAGUACCAGACGCUUGCUAACAUGGAUAAUGCAAAUGUUUUCGAAAAGAAAGGCCAUGCUACCACAUCAACAGCCGAGACAAGCGAGGUCGAUUAUGUGCAACAAAAAUCACUGCUUAUUUGGUCGAUAUCCAUUCAUAUGCCUGGACUGCGGGAAUUAUUUCGUGCUGAUGGUGAAGAUGCGGAGACACCGGAACUACGAGAUGGCGGCGUCUUGCCACCGGAAAUGCUUCGACCACGCGAAAACGAACGUCGACUACGGUGGCGCGAGACGCUACGGCUUCGAGUCGAGGAACGUCGGCGACGUGGAGUCCGUGAACGUGAUCGUGAGCUGGAAACAACAUAUUCUAAACUACACACGAAAUAA